CGAGUUGUUUUCUCUGCUAAACUGCUUGCCGGUGAUUUAAAGGGAUCUCUGAGCGCUUAUAUAACCCCAGUGGUCGGAUACUUGGGGUGGUUCCAGUUAGCCACCUGCUAAUGCUUAGCAUGCUGUGUUUGAAUGAGCGUACGAGUCGAGCUGCCUCCACGCGUUUUCAGCAGGGCUAGCUGAGAAGAAUCUCGAUGCCUCCAAAAAAGACAGAAGCUCCAAAACAAGCUCCAAUCAUUGGACGGUUCGGAACAUCCCUGAAAAUUGGCAUUGUGGGGUUGCCUAAUGUCGGGAAAUCUACAUUUUUUAAUGUGCUGACCAAAAGCCAAGCUGCUGCGGACAACUUUCCGUUCUGCACUAUUGACCCAAAUGAGAGCAGGGUGCCAGUUCCUGAUGAGCGAUUUGAUUACUUGUGCCAGUACCACAAGCCAGCCAGUAAGGUUCCUGCUUUUCUAAAUGUUGUGGACAUUGCUGGUCUGGUGAAGGGAGCUCACUCAGGGCAGGGACUUGGAAAUGCCUUCCUCUCUCAUAUCAGUGCCUGCGAUGCCAUUUUCCAUAUGACUCGUGCAUUCGAUGAUGAAGACAUUACCCACAUGGAGGGCAAUGUUGACCCAGUGAGAGACAUUGAGAUCAUCUAUGAGGAGCUGCGGCUAAAAGACGAGGAGAUGAUUGCUCCGAUCAUAGACAAGUUGGAGAAAACCGCAGUCAGAGGAGGAGACAAAAAACUAAAACCCGAAUAUGAUAUCAUGAUGAAGGUAAAGAGCUGGGUUGUGGAAGAGAAGAAACACGUCAGAUUUUACCAUGAAUGGAAUGACAAAGAGAUUGAGGUGCUGAACAAAUACUUGUUUCUGACAUCAAAGCCCAUGAUCUACCUGGUGAAUCUCUCUGAGAAGGAUUACAUUAGAAAAAAGAACAAGUGGCUGGCAAAAAUCAAAGAGUGGGUAGAUGCCAACGAUCCUGGUGCCAUUGUCAUCCCACUGAGUGGAGCUCUGGAGACUAAACUUCAGGAGAUGGAAGAGGAGGAGAGGAAUAAAUACUGCGAGGAACAGAAAAUACAAAGUGUUCUGACCAAAAUAAUAAAGACAGGCUAUGCAGCACUCCAGCUGGAAUACUUUUUCACAGCAGGGCCGGAUGAGGUCAGAGCGUGGACCAUCAAGAAAGGGUCCAAAGCUCCUCAAGCGGCAGGGAAAAUCCACACUGACUUUGAGAAAGGCUUCAUCAUGGCUGAGGUGAUGAAGUUCAGUGACUUCAAAGAGGAGGGCAGCGAGAGUGCAGCCAAGGCUGCCGGGAAAUACAGACAACAGGGCAGGAAUUACGUUGUGGAGGACGGCGAUAUUAUCUUUUUCAAAUUCAACACACCCAACGCACCCAAAAAGAAAUAAAGGGACCACAUAAUCGCCAUGGGGGACGAUCUCAUUACAGUUCAGUUGGGCUCCAAAGAGCUGCACUGUCGGCUGGUUUUUAUAAUUCUCCUUUAAAACCUAAAAUCAAAUAUUGGGCACAAUUAUCACAAUCUCGUAGCAUAAUCCCAAUCAAAGCAUGCUUUCUAUCUCAAGCUGGUUCAUUAUUUGUACAACAUCCAAACAAGCUUGGACAACGUUAAGCUUUUAUCAUUGUCUAUGAAAAACAGUAACUAAACUGAAAAAAACUGCACCAGAAUGCAAUUUUGCAUUUUCUUUUAUGAUGAUGCUAGAUUUGGACUGUUUUUAACAUUAAACAUGCCUCUCUUCUUUUAUUUUGUUUGUCUUCAAUAAUAUUUCACCAGCAAAUAUCAAUGAAGCUGUGAAACCUUUCUCGCUUUCACUUUAUCUUCAAGCUUAGCAGCAUACUUGUGGUAGAUUACUUGAUGAGCUGGUAGAUCUUAACAGGACUCUUGGUUAGUGCUUCAUUGAUGACAGAACACGAAGUCUUCUUUUAUUAUAAUCCUGACAAGGUCUUGGAGAAAAGCUUUGUUCUUGAAAACAUACAAAGAAAACCUUUGUGACCUGUUAAUGUAAUAAAGGAGAAUGAAAGCCAUCAUUCAGUGCAGGACUGAGCUGGGAAUAGGAUGGAUGUUAAAGAGAUGAGUCCAAGCUAACUGAUGGUCAAACUCCUGAACUGAAUUCAUGCUACACUUAUUCGCUUUUACUGACUUGCUCUGGCUUGGGUAUUGAAAGAACAACAAUGUUACCCUGUAUCCUUUAAUUAAGAUGCAUUAUCAUGCAUCCGCUGGACUGUGCAGCUGCAGAUUCAUCUUGUACCACAUUGAAAACGUUUUCAUGUCAUUAAACAUUGUCCCUUAAAAUGGAAAUAUUUAAAAUGAAAGUGGCAUUUACAUAAGAAACGUUGCCCUCAUUACAUGCACGUCAGUAAAAGAAGAAAAAUCAA